AGGAGUUGUGAGCGGAGCUCGAGAAGUCUGGAUCAGGAUUCUCCUCCUAAGAAGCGAAAGGUGCAGCCCAGUUUUCCCUCCAGCUCUCAUCUGCUGAGUGCCAAGCGAGUGCCCACCUCUCUGCAGAGCAAGAGCAGCGACAUCGAGACCACCGUCUUCUACAUCCCUGGGGUGGAUGUUAAGCUACACUACAACUCUAAAACACUGAAGACGGAGUCGCCCAAUGCCUCUCGCGGAUCCUCGCUUCCCAGAACGCUCUCCAAAGAGUCCAAGCUGUAUGGUAUGAGAGACGCACCAACACCUGCACCAGCACCAGCAGCCUCAGGCCCUGGCAAGACAAACACACUCCUCUCCCCUCCUCCCCCUCCUCUCCCUUCAGCUAAAGGGAAGGCAGGUGUAGGGGUGAAGACGGCUAAGCUGUAUGCAUGGGUAGCCCUGCAAACGCUGCCAGAGGAAAUGGUCAUCAGCCCAUGUCUGCUGGACUUCCUGGAGAAAGCACUGGAAACCAUUCCCAUCACACCGGUCGACAGGAACUACACAACACUCAAUGUUCAUGAAGAAGAUGUGGGCCACUUUGACUCUGUGGAGCCUCUUGAGGAGUCUCAGGUGUCUCUAGUGUCUUCAGCUACAUCUCCGUACUCCUCCUUCCCUGUGGAUGUUGUAGUUUAUGUCAGGGUGCAGCCGUCUCAGAUCCGCUUCAGCUGUCUGCCCAUGUCUCGAGUGGAGUGCAUGCUGAAGCUUCCCUCUCUGGACUUGGUCUUCUCGUCCAAUAGGGGAGAGCUGGAGCCCACCAGUGCCACCUAUCCAUCUGAGGGCCAGCACACACCUUCCUCCACACCUCCAUCAGUACACAAUGCCAACAGAGUGCCUGGAGGACCUUCCACAGGGUUAGGCAGUCCUCUAGGGCGGAGUCGUCACCAUAGCAGCCAAUCAGAUCUCACCGGCCCACCCAUUAACUCGUCAGGCCUGAGUUUCACCGCAUGCAUGUCAGAUUUCUCACUCUAUGUAUUUCAUCCAUACGGAGCUGGCAAACAGAAGUCUGCAGUAACUGGCCUCCCACCUGGGCCAGGACCACUGGGAUCAGUUGAGGACGAGGCCUCUUCAGUGACGGGCAGGAAAGACUCUCUCUCCAUCAACUUGGAGUUUGUUAAAGUCAGUCUUUCCAGGAUGAGACGCACAGGAUGUCCAGCAUUUAUUGAUACUUUCAUUGCCAGCAAGGGUGGAAAAAUGGACACAACAUUAAUCAAUAUUUCAGCCGUCUGUGAUAUUGGUUCUGCAUCUUUCAAAUAUGACAUGAGGCGUCUGAGUGAGAUUCUUGCAUUCCCGCGAGCUUGGUACCGCAGAAGCAUAGCCCGGAGGUUGUUUCUGGGAGACCAGACAAUCAACUUACCAUCAGGUCCUGCUACACCAGACUCUGUAGAGAGCAUCGCUCAGCACCUUUCCCCUGAAUCUAGCCGAAAAGCAUACUGGAGGACGUGGGACGGUCAGACCACUCAACACCCUUCCUCUUCUGUCUUCACUGACACCACACCAAGCCACUCACACCUUAAAUCACCCGCCACCGGACGAACCCGCAGUGUAUCCGACUCCUCCGCACCACGUAGAGACUCUGUUACCAAGACCUCUACCCCGUCGUUCCGGAACGGAAAAGCAGCAGCGCAGCAGGGUUCACCAUGGGAGACGCUGGUGGUGUUCGCCAUCAACCUGAAACAGCUUAAUGUGCAGAUGAACAUGAGCAACGUCAUGGGCAAUAAUACUUGGACAACGAGUGGGCUGAAGAGUCAGGGCCGUCUGUCAGUGGGCAGCAACAGAGACCGUGAGAUCAGCAUGUCUAUUGGACUGGGACGCUCCAAACUGGACUCCAAAGGAGGAGUGGUGGGUGGAAACAUUGAUGUCAACACGCUGGAGAUGGUCUCUCACAUUUCAGAACAUCCAAACCAGCAGCCCAGUCAUAAGAUCCAGAUCACCAUGGGCUCCACAGAGGCACGUCUGGACUACAUGGGCUCCAGCAUAUUGAUGGGCAUCUUCAGUAACGCUGACCUGCAGCUCCAGGAUGAGUGGAAGGUGAAUCUAUGCACAGCCGAGGCCAGUCUAUCUGAGAAAAGUGAGAUCUUUGUGCACGGGGACCUGCAGUGGGACAUUUUCCAGGUGAUCAUCUCUCGCUCCACCACUCCUGACCUGAUAAAGAUCGGCAUGAAGCUGCAGGAGUUCUUCACACAGCAGUUUGACACCAGCAAGCGAGCCCUGUCCACCUGGGGCCCGGUGCCCUACAUGCCUCCCAAAACACCAGUCAUCAACACAGACAAGGCAUCUGCUGAACUCUAUAUGGAUGCUGCUCAUCACAGGCACUGGCCCAAUGUGUUGAAGAUGGUGGCCGGAUGCCACAUUUCCCUCUUCCAGAUGCCUCUCCCGGAGGAUGCCGUGCAGCUGGGUGGCUCUAUGAGUCUACAUGGAAACCACAUGACUCUGGCUUGCUUCCACGGACCCAACUUUCGCUCCAAGUCCUGGGUGUUGUUCCAUCUGGAAGAGCCCAACAUCGCCUUCUGGACUGAAGCACAGAAGAUUUGGGAGGAUGGCUGCAGUGAUGAUUCUACAUAUAUAGUUCAAACCCUGGACUUUCACCUUGGGCAUAAUACCAUGGUCACCAAGCCUUGCGGUGCUCUGGAGAGCCCCAUGGCGACCAUCACUAAGGUCACCCGCCGUCGGCAUGAAAACCCCCCGCAUGGAGUGGCUACGGUCAAAGAGUGGUUCAACUAUGUCACUGCCAUGAGGAACGAAGAGCUGAAUUUGCUGCGUAAUGUGGAUGCAAACAACUCUGAGAGCGGCGCAGCAGCAAAGAGCUCCAGCCUUCUGAGCGGCUUCAGGGGCUCUUCCAGCUACAACCACGAAACCGAGACCAUCUUCGCCCUUCCCAAAAUGCAGCUCCAGUUCAAGUCCAUCCAUGUACAAGACCCAGAGGAACCUUCGCUCAGUGAUGCCAACAGCAAACCCAAAGUGGAGUGCAGUGUGGUGACCGAGUUCACCGAUCACAUCUGCGUCACCAUGGAUGCAGAGCUCAUUAUGUUCCUGCAUGACCUGGUGUCGGCGUACCUGAAGGAAAAAGAGAAAGCACUCUUUGCACCGCGCAUGUUUGCAUCUCGGCCUGGCCAGAAGAGCCCAACAACGCAGCAGGAUGAGCCAUCAUCUGACAAGAAGGAGGAGAGAGAGAAAGAAGAAGGAGUGAACUACACCACAGUGGACUGGAGAGAGUUCCUCUGCAACACGUGGCAUCUGGAGCCCACACUACGGUUGAUCUCGUGGACGGGUCGUAAGAUCGAUCCAGUAGGAGUGGACUACAUUCUGCAGAAGCUGGGUUUCCAUCACGCCAGAACCACAAUCCCCAAGUGGCUGCAACGAGGAGUGAUGGACCCUCUGGAUAAAGUCCUGUCUGUUCUCAUUAAGAAACUGGGCACGGCUCUGCAGGACGAGAGGGAGAAGAAAGGGCAAAGAGACAAAGACGAGCAUUAA